AUGAAAUCUCCAAGGCAAGCGAACGAAUACCGGAACGCGAUCAUACAGUACAGCGAACGCUCGUACACCAAGACAAUCUUCCAGGGCUUCAUAUAUAGAUUUCUACAGGAGUUGCUCAAGCAGGAUGAGACAGAUCUUGAUAAGCAGUUCCCCGAUCUAGACGAGCACGUUUUGGCACACCUUUCUGUUUUCGAUUAUAUCCGUGGAAAUGCUUAUCUUGGCGACUCGACCUUUUCGAUCGAGCAGGACAUAUCCAUCACUAUUGAGUCGGAUGGAGAGGGCUGGACGGACGUCGGCAGCCGAGACCUCUCCCACAGCUCCGACUUCCACUGGUUUCUCUCGCACCUCAAAGCCUGCGCCAAAACCGGCGCCCGAUGGAUCAUCCUCGUCCCCAGCGCGCUCCUCAGCAUCGACUCGGAACUCCAACACCCCCUCCCCUCCCUCGCCCCGGGCCCCAUCAACCCCAACAUCAUCACCCCCAACUCCCUGAUCCAAUCCGCAUCCCACCUCCCCCGCGAAUUCCACCUGCUCCUCGACCACGCUAUCGCCGCCCUCGACCCCCUCUACGCCCUCUCCCCCAUCUUCCGCUUCGCCGCCGCCACCUCCAACCAAGUCCUAUCCACCAUGACGCGGCGCUACGAAAUCAUCAGCUCGGCGCUGUGGGACAUUGACCGCGCCGUCACGCACCUCAACCAACUCAUCACGCACAAACACCUCUUGUCCGACCACGCAUGCCGCCACGAAGAAGUCCUGCGCUACCUGCAAUCGACACAUACAAUACAGUGGUCUCGCAAUCUCACACUCGCACAAGCCAGGGUUGCAAACCAGACCAAGUCCGCUGUCGAAGCGGACUUCGCCUUCCUCGCGGCGCGCUUCAAAGAAACUGCAGAGCACCAUCAGAAUGCCAUCGCGAUGCUGACUAGCGCUACCGCGCUCGCUGAGUCGCGCAAGCAGAUCCAGCUCGCGACGCAGGUUACCAAGCUGACAGUGCUGGCGAGCGUGUUUCUGCCGCUGAGUUUCGUGACGGGGUUGUUUGGGAUGAAUUUUGUGUGA